GUAGACGCGCGAACCACAACUUCUUGCUCCAGUUGCUCAACCAUUGCGCGUUCAUCCAUCCAUCGCAACACGGUCUCACCUCGAUUCUAGACACCUGGUGCCACAAGGCACAAUCCCUCCUACUACCCGACAUGCUCUUAUAGAGCUUGACCGUCAACAACAUGAACCGCUUCACUGCGGACUAUUCGUCCAGCAUCAAUUCUACUCCUGGCAAGGAGCCUCAACCACAACGCUCGAAUGUCUUUACUUCCAACACCCCUCAACUAGCCAGUACAACCCCUAUCGCACCUCCUCCCUCUCAGAUCUUUGGCAGUUCGGCCUUCGGCACCGGCGUCAGCAAGCUACAAUUCACCAAGCCAGCCAAAUCUUCGCCUCCACUGCGAUCUCCCCAGUUCAGGUCGCUGGAAGAGCCCCGCACAAAGAAUGGAACACCGGCUAGAACCAAGGUCAGGCCAUACCACACUUCUUUCGGGACGUCACAAGCUUCAGAGUAUACGCAGCAAGAUGAGGAGGAAUACUCAGAUCAGGACAUGGAAGAUGAUGGCGAAGGCUACGAGGACGACACAAACCAAUUUCGAUUCUCCCAGGGCUUCGAUAUUGUCAACGAACAGUCGGCGGCUUCAUUGAUGAAGUUUAGUACAAUGAGCGGAAGAAAUAGAGACUCGAGGAUGUCGGCGCCUCGGAGAAAUCUGCGCAAUUCAAGAAUUUCCGCCUUACCGAACAAGGGCAGUGAGACUGUGGUGACCAGCUUGGCGCAAAAUAUGGCAACAAGAGCACAACCGUCGUCGCUCACGGAAUCCGACGAGGUCAUCUUGAAAACAGAGCAACUGCUACGCCAACUUGACGAGCAGACUCAGUACCUCAAAGACAGUAACCAAGUCCUUCAAGCUGUUUCCGAGCGUGUCUACGAACUCAUCGCCGAGUGGCAUCGCUUCAUUGAGGAUGAUCGUCCGCCACUUGACAGCAGCGAGAUAGGGCCGCAGCCAUCAGCUCCAGCAUUCACCAAAGCCAAUUAUCUUGCAUCGCUACUACUUGCUCUGCGACACCUUCCACCAUCUCCAGACAGCACCGUGGCUCCCAUGCCUCAAAUUCUCCUAGAUUGGCUUGAUACUUAUCACGUCUCGUACGAGCCACUGUACAGUACCGUCUCAUCAGCUCGGCCGAACUGCACCUCUCACGACUUGUUCUGGGAUGCUGUGCAGAGUCUGGUGCUGAGGGGGAAGUUACAGAUGGUUAUGCAGCUCUUUGCCGAUACUGAUUUCAGAUACGCUGCAUCUGCCGCAGAUGAGGGAAGAGAGGAGGUCGGAUACAAGGGUGCGCAACUCCAGGCUAUCCAAAGCGCCAUAUAUCGAGCUAGAGUCCUCCUCAAUUCAUGUCCUGUGAUUCAAUCCGACGACUGGGACGUCGCAGGUCCUGAUUGGGAUUUGUUUCGGACGCAAGUUGAAGCAGAGCUAGACAACCUAACGGACCUGGCCUCUGCCCAUGAUGAACUCGACGACGAUGACUCCUUCGAAGCUGAAAACUUUGGAUUGCGUCGACCCGGAAAGAACCUUCUCGCCAAAUUCGGCCAAAAGUCCAAAUCGACUCUGCCGUGGACCAUCUACCAAAAUCUGAAGAUCAUGUACAGCAUCAUGCUAGGCAGCGCUGAAGAGAUUGCUGCUCAAUCACAAGAUUGGCUUGAGGCAGCGACUUCGUUGACAAUAUGGUGGGAUGGCACUGCCGACGCGGCAGUUGCCCAAUGGAGUUUCGACGUUAGCCGAGCUAAUAACGCGGCGCAAGAGCAACAUAGUGUGACCGACCUCUACCUGGCCCGGUUGCGUGAUUCAUUUCUGAGUGUGACCGAUCCUAAGGACAAGAACGCUUUCCAGAUCAACGCCAUGUCACCCACUGAGGUAGGCCUUGCAGCGGUCCUUCAAGGGAGCACCCAAAGUGUCCUAUUGGUGCUUCGAGCUUUGUCGCAGUGCAUUGCUGCAUCUGUGGUUGAAAUCGGUGCCAAAGCGGGUUGGCUGGACACUGAUAGUCACAGUCGACCUGCUGGUCUGAACGAAGACGAUCUCAUGGUGCUCAGCUAUGGCGCUGAAAAGCCAGGCCUGACCAAGGAUGAUGUCCUUCGUGGCUACGCAGACCAGUUAUUUGACAAGAAUUUCUUACGAAUGGCUGAUGGUUCCACCAUAGAAGGCUGGGAAGUCGCCAUCUCAGUCGUGACGAGACUCGAUGACCGUGAGGCGAUGAGAGCUGCUGUGGGCGGCUUUCUUGACCAGCUUCAGGUUGUCUCACAAGAUCGUGCAGAAAAGCUUACCAAUCUCUGCUCGGAUCUCGGUCUGCAACAGGAGGCUCGCAAGGUCUCGGAUCGUUUUGGAGAUCAUCUCGUCAACAACACUACCGAGUAUGGCACAGCUCUGCUAUGUUAUUCGCGAAGCCAUGCGUCACAUAAAAUCCGACAAUUGGUGGACCUUCUUAUCAGCUAUUCUUUGGUGCAGUCCAGAGCAUACCCGCCAGAAGCUGAAAUGGACGAUGGCCUUCAGAGUCUUGUCGGAAAUCCCAAGUCUGCUCUGGCGGAUAUUGCGGAAGUCGACCCUGAUGCUGCAGAAAUAUUGCAGUUCUACCUUGUUGGCUAUGCCUGUCUAAGAAGAUUUUACAGCCUGCGUGACGAUGAUGCUCUCCAGACGACAUCAUCCAAUCUUCGUCCUCUUGCCCGUCGGAGAGCUGCCGCCAAGGCUCUUGUCGCAGCAAUCAAUAGCGCAGCGGACAGCAUCUAUGGCGGUCUCUACGACCCUGAACGACAAUCGGCGAUUCAGGUUGACGGACUCCUUACUCUUCUUGGUGAAGCCACGGCAUUGCUCGCCAACAGUAGCCCCACAGGCAAAGCAGUGUUUACCGCCUCGCAGAUCUACGGCCUUUUGGCUGCAAUCGAAGACCUCUCGACUGUGUCUUCGCGGGUUUACGAUGCCACGGAAGAAUGUCUGCAGGCUGCACUGCGAAAUUAUCACGGCUCGCAACCACCAAGUCCGCAUGCCAUGUUGAAGAAGAGCAUGUCAUCUGGUACGAACUCGAAUUUCAGCUUCAGUAUGAUGGGUUCAGAGAUGUUGGCCAAGAGUGAUCUCACCAGCACAGGCACAGGCACAGGCGGUAAGAGCGCCAGUGGUAGUGGAGUGUUGGUCGCUGGUCAGAAUAAUGAUGAGCUCAGAGGAUGGGAUUGGAGAGCGAGGUUCAAGGACAAGGAUGCGACUGGUCGUGACGUGGUCAAAGUGCUGCGGAUAGGAUUGGCCGAGGAGUUGAGUCUAGUCGAGCUCGAGAAUGGUUCUUGGGAAGGUAGCAACAAGCGCCUGUGAUAAGGCUGAGCAUGAUUGUAGCUGUAGGCUGCUGAGAGAGGUCACGCAAAAGGUGUACUUCAUCUCGAUUCUCGACCGGGUGUUUGCUCUUGGGGCUACCGAUGUCGGACUAUGUAAAUCAAAGUUCAUGA